AGAUAAUUGAGCUUCGAAGAGGUAUAGGUGUAGGUCAAGAAAUUUCCUAUCUAGUAAGGAAGUGAGAACGACAAGUAAGACAACAGUAUUGAAAAAAUGAAAGUAAAUAACAGAUGCGGGUGAAGGAGCCAUCCAAAGCUUUACCUGAGAAAGCCAAAAGAAGUAAAAGGCCUACGCUACCUCAUGAUGAAGACUCUUCAGAUGACAUUGCUGUAGGUUUCACUUGCCAACAUGUAAAUCUUGCUGUCAGCGUGAAUCAUGUGAAAAGAGCAAUAGCUGAGAGUCUGUGGUCAGUUUGCUCAGAAUGUUUAAAAGAAAGAAGAUUCUAUGAUGGACAGCCAGUGCUUCUUACUGAUGUCUGGUUGUGCCUCAAGUGUGGUUUUCAGGGAUGUGGUCAAAGCUCAGAAAGCCAGCAUUCAAUGAAGCACUUCAAGAGUCAGAGAACGGAGCUUCAUUGUAUUAUAAUUAAUCUGAGCACAUGGACUAUAUGGUGUUAUGAGUGUGAUGAAAAAUUAUCAACGCAUUGUAAUAAGAAGGUUUUGGCUCAGAUAGUUGAUUUCCUCCAGAAACAUAUUUCUAAAACACAAACAAGUGCAUUUUCUAGAGUCAUAAAACUUUGUGAAGAAAAAUGUGAAAUAGAUGAAAAGAUGAAAGCAAGGAAGGGUAGCAGUGGACCGUCUGUAAAAGGAAUUACGAAUUUAGGAAAUACUUGCUUUUUUAAUGCAGUCAUGCAGAACUUGGCACAGUCUUACAUUCUUACUGAACUGAUGAAUGAGAGCAAAGAAAAUGGUACAAAACUGAAGAUUUCUCCUUCCUCAGACUCUCAGCUGGACCCAUUAGUGGUGGAACUUUCAAGCCCCGGACCAUUGACCUCAGCCUUGUUCCUGUUUCUUCACAGCAUGAAGGAGACUGAAAAAGGACCGCUUUCUCCUAAAGUUCUUUUUAAUCAGCUUUGUCAGAAGGCCCCUCGAUUUAAAAGUUUCCAACAACAGGACAGUCAGGAGCUUCUGCACUAUCUGCUGGAUGCAGUGAGGACAGAAGAAACGAAGAGAAUACAAGCUAGCAUUCUAAAAGCAUUCAACAACCCAACUACUAAAACAGCUGAUGAUGAAACUAGAAAAAAAGUCAAAGCAUAUGGAAGAGAAGGUGUGAAAAUGAACUUCAUAGAUCAGAUCUUUGUUGGUGAAUUAACUAGCACGGUCAUGUGUGAAGAAUGUGCAAAUAUCUCCAUGGUGAAAGAUCCUUUUAUUGAUAUUUCACUUCCUAUAAUAGAAGAAAGGGUUUCAAAACCUGUACUUUUGGGAAGAGUGAGUAAAUAUAGAAGUUUACAGGAGACAGAUAAUGGUCAGUACAGUGGCACUGCUACUAUAGAACAUACUCAUCAUCCCAGAGCCAACAAGAAGCAUCCUUCAUCUAAAGAGAAGAAUCAACUAAUUCAUGGCAGAAAACAUAUAAGAAAAUUGUCAUCUGGAGAAGAUAAAGCUGUUGACAUCCACUGGAAAAAUGAAAACCUUGAAAUGGAUGGGGAUUCUUCAGUGCUGGCAAGCAUCGCAAAUACUGAAUCAACUCUGACUGGAAGCCCUACCGAUGGCAGUGAAAAGGAAGCCAGCCAUUCUGAAAGUAGUGUUGAUGCUGACAGUGAAGCUUCAGAAUCUGAAAGUGCUACUAAGCAGACUGUGUUGUUGAGAUCCACUGGUGGAUACAGGGUGCACGCAAUGGGACACCUUCACCAUGUGUCCACAAGUGAACCACCCACCAGGGAGACUGACAGGGGUCAUGAGGGAGUGGCGGAAGCUAUGGCUGAACUUCGUUUGAGCAGCACUAUAACUGGCGAUAGAGAUUUUGAAAAGGAAAAUCAGCCACUAAAUGUUUCAAAUAAUUUAUGUUUUUCAGAGGGGAAGCAUAUGGUGUCUCACAGCCCCCAAAAUGCUUUUCAGACCCUCUCUCAGAGUUAUAUAACUACUUCUAAAGAAUGUUCAGUUCAGUCCUGUCUCUACCAGUUUACGUCUAUGGAAUUACUAAUGGGAAAUAAUAAGCUUCUAUGUGAGAAUUGCACUCUCACAAAGAAACAGAAGUAUCAAAAGGAAAGCAGUUCUGCAGAAAAGAAAGCAGAAGGGGUUUAUACAAAUGCCAGGAAGCAGUUGCUCAUUUCUGCUGUUCCAGCUAUCCUAAUUCUCCACCUUAAAAGAUUCCACCAGGCUGGCUUGAGUCUUCGCAAAGUAAACAGACAUGUAGAUUUUCCACUGAUGCUUGAUUUAGCACCAUUCUGUUCUGCCACUUGUAAGAAUGUAAAUGUGGGAGAUAAAGUUCUCUAUGGUCUCUAUGGUGUAGUGGAACAUAGCGGCUCGAUGAGAGGAGGCCACUACACCGCUUACGUGAAAGUGAGGACACCCUCCAGGAGAUUAUUGGAACAUAUCACUGGGAAGAGAAAUGUACCUGGUUUGAAAGAACCUGAUAGUGAGUCGGCAGGCCAGUGGGUCCAUGUUAGUGAUACUUAUGUGCAGGUGGUUCCAGAAUCAAGAGCACUUAGUGCACAAGCGUACCUUCUUUUUUAUGAAAGAAUAUUAUAAUGAUUUGUUAAUUAUUCAUGGUAAUGAUUAUUUAGAUCACUUUUAUUUAAAUGCUGCAAUGGUAACCAUAAUAUGCAAUGUGCCUUCGUAGUCUUUUCUCUUCUGUAGGAAUAGCAUGUCCCUCAAAUGCUCCUGAACAUUUUUACCAUUUUGGUAAAUGCUUUUAAAGUAAAUUAAAUUUACUGAGUGCUUUCAAAUGUAUAUUCUUAAACUAAAUGUAAACACAUGUUUUUAAAAAAUUAUUUAUCCCUGGAAAAACUAGAAUUUACAGCAGUAGAGGAAAUUCUUUUAUGAUGUGGCUUAUUAUUACAAGCAUUCAGAAAUGAUACUGACUAAAUCAAAUGGUUCCUUAAAACAGUGUUUCCCAAACGUGAGUCACAUACCACCUUUCUGAUCUCAUAUACUUGUAUGUAUACCUCCUGUGCCAUUGUUUACUUAUUGUUUUUAACCUUAUUUUUUAGCCUUAUUUUUUUAACCAUAGGCUUGUUUUGAGUAUAUUCCACAUUUUAUCUGCUAGUUAUAUUUUUUCUAAUAAAUAUAUAAGUAUUAAAAAUAAAUUGUUCAUCUAUGUAGCACUCCACUUAAAAAAUCAUCUCAGGGCUAUCCAGUGGUAGACGUGCACUGCUGUGUGGGAAACAUUGCUAUAACAUGUAUUUACACAAUUGGCAUAGUGACCUUGUCUUGUUUUGUAUGAUUCAACCAUAUAAAAAGACACCACUGUAACUUCAGUAAUACAGGUUUACAAAUAUUAUAUUGAUUAGCUUAUUGCUUUGAGGUUUUGAGAACUAGAAAAAUAUUGAAAUACUUCAUCAACAUAUUAUUUACAGCCUAUUCUUGGUGGAGUUGAGGAUAAUUUGCAAAUGAUUAGCCAAGGUCAAAAUAUAGUGAUAGAGAAUUGUAACAUGCAGAAUUGGUAAGUAGAAGUUGUUCAUCCCUAUGGGACCAUAGGGUAUUUUGAGAUAUAAAUUACCAAAUUAUAUUUGUAAAUGUUAUAGAAUUAUAUUCUAAUUAUACUUAACAGGGAAAGAUAAUACAUUUCCUAGUUCAGUAGGUCAGUAAAUGUUAAUCAUGUUUUCGGGGUUUUGAGAUCACUUUUUCUUUGUCUUCAUCAAGCAGUAUUAAUAAGUUCAAGUGAGUUUAGAUUUUAUUUUAGGGGCAUAAAGUUGGCAUUUCUGAUUUUCUUUUUAAAGAAUUAAAUACUAGCAAAAAUAUGAUAUCUUUUACUGCUAGAAUACAAAUUAUUAAGCUGCCAAAACUUGGCAUGAAAAUAUUACUACUACUUAGGCUUAAAUUUAAAAAAAAUAAUGGCUACUUCGGUGUCACAUUAUUGAAUCAAAACAUGUAACUGCAAGGUUCAAGCAUCCUAAUCAUUAGUGCCAACUAAAGACACUAAAGGCAGAUACUGGCUAUGUGCCUAGUCCCAGUUCAUUCUCUGGGGAAGGAAGGGUAAGAAGCGUGGCUGAAGACAAUGUGUGGAAAUAUUUAACCUUCUUAACACACAUGUAUAUACAACAUUUUCAAGGUUACCAGUGCUGCCUUUUGAUAUGUGAAUAAAUGGAAUUGUGAUGAGUGUUAAAAAAGGUAAUAACAUACAAAAUGCAGAGCUUAAAAAUAUCAUUGCACAAAUUCUGUUUUUAAGCUGUUGAAAUUUCAAUAGUAGUAUUUUUCUUGAUUUUUAACAGUGAAAUGAUGGAGACACAUAUCUGUGUAAGUUAAUCUGCAAACUCAGGUUUUGUCCUGUGAAAGGUAAUUUAAAGUGUUUAAUUGUAAUCUAUUAACACUGAAAUUUUCAGUACCAGAGCAGUGAAUCUUUUUGAAAAAUACUAGUUAAAUCUCUUUAUUCAAGUCAGACUUCUUGGUAAUGACAAUUACCGUCCCCUCUCACAACUGUAAAUAUUACGUCACCUCAUUUCUCUCCUAGAUAAGAUACUAUUAAAAGGCAUGCACUUUUCACUGGAUGGUCACCUGCUUCUUGUUUCAUUGAUAGAUAGAUGAAAGAAAGAAAGAGAGAAAGAGAAAGAGGGAAGGGAAGAAGAAAGGAAGGGAAAGAAACAAGAGCAUUCUUUUCUGUUGCCUCUUGGCUUAUGCUUUACACAGUUAUAGUCAGAGACGGCGAGUGAUAGUGAGGGCAAGAAUCAAGGAAAGUGCCUAGGUCCUCUUUUCACUAUCAGAUGCCAGGAAAGGCACCAGUGCUAUAGUUAUCAAAUAGGACAUCUUUUAAGCUUUAUUCUGAGUACCAGUUAAGAGUGAUUUUUUGUUGAGUGAGUGACACAUUGUAGCUCCAGAUCAUUACCUCAGUGCUCAAGGACUGCAGUAGUUUUUAUGCUCAACUUCACAUUUUCUCAUUAAGUCUAUAUUUAUUGAAUACCUGCUAAGGGUCAGGCACUAUGCUGACAUUAUUUUAACAUGUUUUAAAAUGGAGAGGCCUAUAUAAGUUUUAGACAUUAUACCAGAAGUAACAUGCAAAUAAGAUACUUUUAUUUUCAUUUCCACAAUGUUAAAUGAGCUAAUUCUGAAAUCUGGUUUUUUUAUGGCCUAGAGUUUAUGAAUGCUUUUCCAUGUCUUCUGGUAAUGGAAUAAAUUUGAUUUUUUGGAUGCCUAAGAGUUUCCUAAGAUAGCUUUCUCUAUUACAAUAGAGAAAGCAUGUUAAGUUACACAUGGUCUGCAUUUAAAUUUUUGUUUUUGACUAUUUCCAAAGCACAUUUGCAGGGGUACUAAAUUGUGAAGCUACUGUAAUAACAGUAGUUUCCAGAUGACCUCAGGAAACAGGAUGAACAGAUGAGAAUGUUUACAGAUCCUCAAAACAACUACAUAGUGUUUAGCCAAAUGAAUUUAAGAAGUAAAACAGAGAAGUUUCUCUAGCUUUAUUUAGAAACUGGUUUACAGGGUAUGUCUAACCCCAGUUUCCUAGUUUUUCCAUAUUUAAAAUGGUAAAAUUUUUAUUAUGUGCCAAUUAUGUGAAUAUUUUUGACAUAUCCAAUGUAUAUCUAUGUUUAAGAUUUUGUCAUUUAAUGUCUUUAAAACUGAUGUGAAUACCACCUUUUUGGGAGGCCAAGGAGAAUGGUUCUUGCUGUCAGUUCUAAGAGCAGUUGAUACUUGUUUUCUUGUUUUAAAUGUGCCAACAGAACUAUUUUACUAUAAUAUAUUUAAAAGCUCUUAGCUUGCAUGUGUGAUGAUUUUAGCCAGUGAUUUUAUACAAUAACUGAAAAAAUUUUCUCAAAAUUAAGCUGUGAAAUGUUUCAACUUCAUAUAAUUUUUGUAGUACAAAAGAAUAUCCUGCCUACUCUUCUUAAAUUCAUAUUCAUAAUUUAUUUGCAUGUUAGCUGAUCAAAUAAGCCUAAACCAAAUAUGUUAUGUGCAAUAAAAUAAAGCCUUUAUAUAUAUCUAGAAUAUUAAGAAAGACUAUUUUUAGAUAUUUAAAAUGUUUUGGUCCAUGUAGAAAUCAUCAAAUCUGUUUAAAAGAUAGAUGACUAUAUUUUUAAUUUUGAGUAACAUUGGUUAUCAUUCCUACUGUUUUAUCUUUACUUUUUAUUGCAGUGUUUUUAGAAAAUAGCUAUGUAACUUAUUGAGCAUUAUUUUGAUAUUACUGUAUAAACAUGCAUAAUAAAUAUUAAAUUCUUAUUUAUGUUUCA